CUCUAUACUAUAGAGUUGACCAUUUUAAUUCUCAGUUAAGGCAAAAAGAUUCCAUUUUAGGCCUUUAAUUUUUUUUAUCAUUUUACCAAAUUCACCUGAGAAAAUUUGAUAAGCCCACUGGCCCAGAGCGAGAGAAAAACCCAUUAGUAACCACGUCAUCUAUCCAACGCACUAGUCAACCAAUAAAAAUUGACUAUAAGGAUCUCCACGUCAGCCCUCUAUUACAAAAAUUCGAAAAUUGGAAUAUCAAAUAACCGUCUUUUUUAAUAAUUAAAAAGCACAUCAAAAAUGAAAAAAAAAAAACCGCUAUAACAUGACGGACACUAUAUAAGUGAAAUCUCAUAUACGUUGUACCCAUUAUAACUCUCGCAAACAAAAGAAACUGUCGCAAGUUAUUGACGGUUAUCAUCAUCAUCCUCUCGAAGAAAUUAAUGGCUCGUACGAAGCAAACUGCGAGGAAAUCUACUGGUGGAAAAGGUCCAAGGAAAGAACUCGCUACCAAGGCGGCGAGGAAAACUGUUAGAAGACCGUACCGCGGUGGUGUCAAGAGGGCUCACCGUUUCCGUCCUGGAACCGUCGCUCUUCGUGAGAUUCGCAAAUACCAGAAGAGUACCGACUUGCUAAUCCGUAAAUUGCCUUUCCAACGUCUUGUUCGUGAAAUCGCUCAAGAUCAUAAGGUGGAUUUAAGGUUCCAAAGCCAUGCGGUACUCGCACUUCAAGAGGCAGCCGAAGCAUACUUGGUGGGUUUGUUCGAAGACACGAAUCUGUGUGCGAUCCACGCCAAAAGGGUUACGAUCAUGCCCAGGGACAUUCAGUUGGCCAGACGCAUCCGUGGGGAACGUGCUUGAAUCAUCUUGAUGAUUAUGUGAAUUGUAUUUUAAGUAUUUUAAGUGUUGUUUUCGUUUUGUUCUCUGUGGGGUGAGAUAGAAUCAUGUAUAUAGGUUUCUGAUUCGUACUCUGAUAAAACCCGUUGGUGUGUAUCUUUCUUUCUGGUUGAUUCAUUAGGAUCUUUCUUUGUGUCUU